AUGGGUCUAAAUGCUACUAAUGGCAGUUCAAGCUUUACUACUAUUAUGACCACUAUUACCUCCAUGGGUAGCCCACCUGCCAUCAUGGGAUUGUCAGGAUAUUAUCUGAGGUUUAUUAAGGGGUUUUCCACCAUAGCAUCACCUUUAACAAAGCUGACCCGCAAGGAAGUCAGGUUUGUUUGGUCAGAAGAGUGUGAUGUGAGCGUUCGAGAACUGAAGGAGAGGCUCACUUCUGCUCCUGUGCUGGCCCUCCCAUUAGGGACAGAAGGGUUUGUGGUAUAUAGUGAUGCCUCAAAAAGGGGUCUGGGAUGUGUAUUGAUGCAACACGGGCGUGCGAUUGCCUAUGCAUCAAGAAAGCUAAAGUCGCAUGAGGUGAAUUACCCGGUUCAUGACCUAGAACUUGUAGCGGUGGUGUUUGCCUUAAGAGUAUGGAGACAUUACUUAUAUGGGACACAAGUUCAAAUCUUCACAGAUGAAAAAAGUUUGAAGUAUUUGAUGUCACAGAAGGAGUUGAACAUGUGGCAGAGAAGAUGGGUAGAGUUAAUAAAAGAUUACGAUUGCAUUAUUGACUACCAUCCUAGAAAGGCUAAUGUAGUAGUCGAUGCCUUGAGUAGGAAGGGAAAAACAGUGAUGAAUGAUAUGGAGCUGAAGGAACAGGAAAAUAUAGUGGAAUUAAAAAAAAAAAGGCUUGCAUCUAAUUGUAGGGCCCCGGGUGUCACUAUUAGCUCAGUUAAAGAUUCUAUCUGUGUUUCGAGACAAGGUCUUGGUGGCUCAACAAGCAGAUGGGAAAGUAAAAUAGAUCAAAGGGAGGGUAAACAAGGGGGAAAGAAGGGGAAUGAUGCCAUAUGGGUGGUCGUGGAUCGACUAAAGAAAUAUGCUUUGUUUUUGCCUUUAAAGAUGACUGAUUCGGUGGAUAAACUGGCAAUAGGGACAAAGUUGAAUCUGAGCAUGGCAUUUCAUCCUCAGACGGAUGGUCAGUGUGAAAGGACCAUUCAAACUCUGGAGGAUCUCCUGAGGUCCUGUGUGCUGGAGUUUGGAGGGAAUUGGGAGGAUCUUCUGCCAUUGGUGGAGUUUACUUAUAAUAAUAGUCACCAAACUACUAUUGGUAUGGCUCCAUAUGAAGCAUUGUAUGGGAGGAAAUGUCGUACCCCAAUUUAUUGGGAGGAAGUAGGAGAAAGGAAGCUUUUGGGACCUGAAAUGGUGCAACUGACAACUAACAAAGUGAGGGUGAUCAAAAAGAGGAUGAAGGAAACCCAGGAUAGACAAAAAAGUUACGCAGAUCACCGAAGAAGGCCGUUGGAAUUCCAAGUGGGGGAUAAAGUAUUUGUGAAGGUGGCUCCUUGGAAAGGCAUCAUUCGAUUUGGAAUAAAAGGGAAAUUAGCCCCGAGAUAUAUUAGCUCUUUUGAGAUUAAGGAAAGAAUUGGGCUCGUUGCUUAUCAAUUAGAAUUGCCUGUAAAUUUGGAUAAGAUUCACAAUGUGUCAUUGUUGCGAAAGGCCAAGAUAGACCCCUCACGGGUAUUGCCACAGGUUCCUUUGAAGAUUAAAGGGGAUCUAACCAUGAAAACUAUGCCCAUCAAGAUCUUAGAUCGAGAUGAGAAGUUAUUAAGGAAUAAAAGAGUUCUCUUGGUGAGAGUAUUAUAG